CGUCUCACUCUAUCCCUGUGGCUAUGAGUACAAAAUCCCGAGUCUCAGAAUAACUCGGCCACUGAUUGAAUAUAUUAGCUACUUCCCAAGUUUCGAGUUCCAACACUUGCCUGCCUUUUUUCUCCCUUUCUGGUUUUUUUGCCGCUGUUCCAACUUCCCACACAAGCCAUGCUCUCCCUAUACGCUCAUUCUCACCUCUAAAUCCAAUCCCAAAUUCGAAUGGGCUUUCUCCGACGGCUCUUUGGCUUCGGCAGCAAAAAGCAUAACAACAGGAAGUCGGCCAAGGAAAAAAAUAAGCGGAGCUUCAACGUCGGAUCACUAGCUCACGCCAACACCCAUACGACGCCGCCUCGAGACAUCGACUCUUCUUAUGCCACCGACAUGGACGCCAGUAAGCACGCCAUAGCCGUUGCGGCCGCCACCGCGGCUGUGGCGGAAGCUGCGCUGGCUGCGGCCCAUGCUGCGGCCGAGGUGGUCAAGCUUACUAGAACCAGUACCAGCGCCGGCGGUACGUCGUCGGUGCUCGUCGGCAGCUCCCACCGUCGGUGGACGGAUGACUUGGCGGCCGUUAAGAUACAGUCCGCUUUCCGUGGUUAUCUGGCAAGGAGGGCACUCAGGGCACUGAAAGCACUGGUGAAACUUCAAGCAUUGGUGAGAGGACACAUGGUGAGAAAGCAAACUGCCGACAUGCUGAGGCGUAUGCAAACAUUGGUCCGAGUCCAAGCUCGAGCACGUGCAACUCGGACACACUCGCUAGAAUCGUUGCAUUCUGUCAGCAAGUCCUCCCUCUCGCGGCACCCUGUCCCUGGAGCUCAUAGCAUUAAUGAUCACUCACUUCGAGCAUAUAGUACCAAAUUUGAUAGCUCCUCAAUCUUAAAGAGAUGUGGUUCGAAUUCAAACUUCAGGGACAUCAGGGACCUAGAGAAAGCACAUGGUGGUUCAAACUGGUUAAACCAUUGGAUGGAGGAAAGUUUAUGGAAUGACCAUCGAGACAUGUCACUAAGAAAUGGGCAUGGUGAUGAUGAGAAAAUUGACAAGAUUCUUGAAGUGGAUACUUGGAAGCCCCAUUUGAACUCCCAACAAAGUAACAGAACCUUUCAGGCACCACAGCAUGUUUUUGCUUACGAUUCAAACAAGGAAAGGUUUAUGAGCUAUGAUUCUCCAUCAAAACACUCAACAAAAGCUCCAAACCCGGUUCCCAUUCAGGCUACUUUAUCUUCCAAGGAAUUUUCGUCGUUGAGCUCUCUAAAAAUAGAAGAUGAAGCAGCAAUAAAGACUGCUGAGAACAGCCCACAAGUGUAUUCUGCAUCAUCAAGGCCCAGAAGUAGUGCCAGAAGAGGUGCAUUCACGCCCACAAGGAGUGAGUGUGCAUGGGGCUUUUAUAGUGGAUACUCUGGUCACCCGAACUACAUGGCUAACACAGAAUCAUCUCGGGCCAAGGUUAGGUCACAGAGUGCCCCAAGGCAAAGGCUUGAGUUUGAAAAUUUUGGUUCAACCAGGAGGUCUGCUCAGGGGUUUUGGGAUGCAGGGAUCAACUCAGAUAGGGUUUUUUCCCCACAAUCGGACUACAGGAACAAAGCUUACCCAGCCUCUAGCGGCUUAAAUAGACUUGGGAGUUCUAAUUUACGGUGAUGCCGCACAUUUCAUAAUUUUUGUGUGCACUCCGUGGCAACAAUAACUAUAGUUGUAAUUAUUUGAUCGUGAGUGUAAUCUGUCCCAGCACAAUUAAACUUGCUGGACGUUGAACGUUGUUAACUAAAUGUUCAAACAAUAAUCUUAGCUGCUCCUCUUUGUAUAUUUA